AUGACGAGUGCCUCCAAUUACUGUAGUCGUUCCCGAUCGGAAGAUUCCCCAUCCAACAUUGAACUUCUUGCGCGUAUUCGACACCUAGAGGAUAUAGUACUGCAGGGAAAUGGGAAUCAUCGUCGGCAUCACCAGCGUCAAUCACGAAACCACACCAUAACACAGCAACCAAAUUUGCGGAGAACAGGAUCUUUUACGGCCUCUGUUGGCCCCUCGUUACAGAUUGAAGCUGAUGUACUGCAAAAGGUCUCCGCGAAUGAAGGCUUACUUAAUUCGAUUGCACCCAUCGAUAUAUCUCUUCGUGUCUGCUCUAUUAAAUACAUCUCGGGAUCGCCAACGUACACAUGGCCUGCAGACAAGUCACAGACAGUCCAAGAACCAGUAAGAUGUAUAUGGCUCCCUCGGCAUGAAGAAGCCAAACUACUUUUCGAGAAGUAUGUACGGGAUAUAACAUAUAUACAUCAUGUCAUCCAUACCCCUACAGUUCGAGGGCGUUUAGACAACAUCUAUGACGAUCUCGCGAGAGAGCAGCCUGUGCCCCACGGAUAUGUGGCCCUAUUGCUAAGCAUUUUCGCCAGCACUACGUUUGCCUGGACAUCGUUAGACACGGAUGCUCAUCCCGAACUGUUUGAUAACUCCGAAGAUGCAAAUGCUCAGUCAUAUCUGUGGAUUAGAUCUUGCCUUGAUUUGCUCGAUCGUUCGCGUCGUUGUGCUACCAGAUCUAUUGAGGAUAUUCAGGCAAUGAUCAUUGUUUUUUUUAUGCUAGUCAACUUGGAAGGAAUUACAGUGAGAUAUUCAUCUCUGGUCUACCAGGCCAUCACUAUGGCGCGCGACCUCGGUCUACAUCGACUCGACCACCCAAACCACACCUCAAGUUUUGGAAGACCCAAACGCGGUUCUGUUGCCGAAGAAAUUGGAAGGAGGUUAUGGUGGUAUCUAUCAGCAACAGACUGGAUGUUGUGUCGUUACGCUACCCCCCAAGAAGGAAUAUACUCUGUUCAUCCCCGACAUACUGUGACACGCAAACCAUGGAAUGUCAAUGACGACGACUUAUACGAUGGCAUGCCUGAUAGUAUAGACAAGCCUCUUUCAGAACCAACGGAAACGUCAUACUUCCUGCAACGUAUUCGUUUGGGUGAACUCUGCCGAGAGCUGUCUGAUAGCAUGUUGCUCAAUGCUAUACCGGGCGAACCUACUACCUAUGCACAGGUUCUGGAAGUUGACGCCAAAUUCAAUCGGUUUAUGGCGGGCUUACCACAAUUCUUCAGACUUGAGAGGGAAAGCGCAGUAGAAUCUCAGAAAAAGCUGACUGCCGGGAUCAUUGUCCAAAGGUACAUUCUCAACUCGUUACUACAUUCCCACCGAUGCAAAAUGCAUCUUCCUUACCUAUCAUCUAAGAAUUCAGUUGGAUCUCAAUAUGACUACUCGCGAAAGGUUUGUCUUGAUGCGGCACGACUAAUCAUUCGCACGGAAAGAUUUCUUGAGCAUGAGGAUAUAGUAUUUGUGCGCACGCGCUUUCACAUAGCCGGUGUUUUGCCAGCUGUUUUCAUUGCAAGUAUUGUGUUUUUGAUUGACAUUUGCUUUCACAAUGAAGGCGGACACUGUGAUCCAACCCGCAAGGCUGAAUUAUUAGAUGCCUGCGGCAUACUCGAGGAUGCAAGAACGCAGUCGCCAAUGGUUGCUGGCUUUCUAGAGUCACUCAAUGGGGUGGUGCAAAAACACAAGCUCUCACUUCCACUCUUGACCAAUCUUUCGCGUUCUCUUUCCUCUCGACAGUCUAACCGUCCACAUUCUUCGAUCGAAUGCAAUAGGGAGGAGGAAAAUACCGAGACUUUCUCAGAUACAAUUUCAAGAGGUGAAGCGAGUCGAUCUGGAUUACCUACAACCGCAAGCGACGUUGAAAUGCCAUUUUCGGACUGGGAUGCUUUCACAGCCGAUAUGGAGAUUGACUCCUUGGACUGGAAUGCUUUACUAAGCGAAUUGGAUUCUCAAUAUUUUGUUAAUAAUAUGCCGGCUGUUUAA